CCGCGCAUGCGCAGUGCGGUCCGACGCUGAUGCAAGACAUUUUCGGCGCAUAGGUGUGGGACCUCAUCCAGAGACGAAAAGUAGCCUCAUUUUUGCCCCUUUUCCACCCGCAAACAUGUCAGGAGACGAGAUGAUUUUUGAUCCGAACAUGACCAAGAAGAAAAAGAAGAAGAAGAAGCCUUUCAUGCUGGAUGAGGAGGGAGGAGAGGGAGUUGGAGGAGAAGAGCCCAAAGAGGUGGAGGCAAAGGAGGUAGAGCCUGAAUUCGGGGAUGACAAAGAAAUGGAUCUAGAUGAAGAUGAAGGCAGGAAGAAAGAACCAUCAGAUGAUUUGAAUGACUUGAACUUCUUCAACCAGAAGAAAAAGAAGAAGAAGCCCAAGAAAGUAUUUGAAAAUGAAGUAGAAGAAGGUUUAAAGGAGCUGAAAAUUGAGGGAGAGCAAACGGAAGCCAUCGAGGAGGACAAUCUGGAUUUGAUGCUCCCCACCAAAAAGAAGAAGUCAAAGAAAGUUGAUUUUGAUGAGGGCGAACUAUUGGAGAAAGAUGAUGUGUUGGAAGAUGAUGAAAGCAAGAACAAUGAUGGAAUCUCGUUCAGCUCCAUCACAGGACCGGCCUGGGCUGGCACUGAAAGAGAUUACAGCUAUGAUGAGCUCUUAAACAGGGUCUUCAACAUCAUGAGGGAGAAGAACCCAGACAUGGUGGCUGGAGAGAAGAGGAAGUUUGUGAUGAAGCCUCCUCAGGUGGUCAGAGUGGGAACCAAGAAAACCUCCUUCGUAAACUUCACAGAUAUUUGCAAACUGUUGCAUCGUCAGCCUAAACAUCUACUUGCUUUUCUGUUGGCUGAGCUGGGAACAAGCGGCUCUAUAGAUGGAAAUAACCAGCUUGUGAUCAAAGGCCGAUUUCAACAGAAACAGAUAGAAAAUGUGUUGAGAAGAUAUAUCAAGGAAUAUGUGACAUGUCACACCUGCCGCUCUCCAGAGACCAUCCUGCAGAAGGACACUCGUCUUUAUUUCCUGCAGUGCGAGACGUGCCACUCCCGCUGCUCUGUCGCUAGCAUCAAGACCGGUUUCCAGGCUGUGACGGGCAAGAGAGCGCAGCUCCGCGCCAAAGCCAACUAAAGGCCAUGAAAACUGGGCUCUCCCUUCUCUCUCUGCCUCCAUUUUUUUUCCCCCUCAGAAGUGCAGAGGCUGGGGUUGGACACCCGCCUUGGUUUACUAAAAAGGACUCUCUGAAUCGAACUGCGGGAGGGUUUGGCUGUUGUUUAGUUGUCAGAUCCCGACCGCCACGGCACGGAGUGAGAAUAUCUACGCCCGACUGAUGGGGUUCAGACACCAUAAGCAGAUGAUGUUCACCAAAUACACUGUUGGAUUUAAUGCAUUCAGAUUGUUUGGUUGAUGAAUCCUUCAACUCUUAGUUGUUGUUUUUUUUUCCAUUUGCUGUGAUUCUUGUUUCAUUUAAGAAAAGCUUGAUUGACCACAGCUUGAAUCCUCUCUUUCUUCAUCUGCUUGACUCUCACCAGACAUGAAGACUUCUCCACACCGCCAAAUUAUGUUAAACUAAGAUGAAUUGAAGUAACUGAGCUUUGUUAUUCUGAUAAUUGUUGCCAUUGAUGUUUUCUUUGAAUCUUUAACUUAAAUGUGGCUAAACAAUUUUAUCCAUGUUGAGAUUGUCGUUUCUGGUCUGGCCCAAGUUGUACAACUGUCAUUCCAGAAUUCUCUCCACUAGCUUAUAAAUAAAGAUACAAGCGCACUGAACUAGAGCACAGCUACCAUGGAAGUUGGUUUACAAAAGGUUCCUUACAAUGAUUUACAGUAGCUGAUGCAUGUCGGAGAAGUUUGGCUGGUGAAGAGGAGGACACAGUUAACAGGACCUACAUGGAGAGAGGGUGAAACAAAAACUAUUUGCAUUUCAAGUGCUUUUGUAGUUGUGAUGAUUUCUACAGAUCAAAUCAAUUAUUUUUCUUUUGUUCCAUAUCAAACUGAUUUAAAGAAAUUUGAAAAUUACAUUUAUUUUGUUGGGAGGAGGAGGUUUUUCUCAGAUAAUGGCAGCCCCAAAUAAUCCUUGAUCAGGCACCUCUAAGUUUCCUACUUGUAGGUUGUUCUGUUCCUCUGUGAUAAAAGAAAUUUACAGCUCAGUUUAUCCAGAAAAUGAGUUUAGAUCUUAUGACCAAUUCAUUGGUACUGCUCUUGUUUGAGAGUUAUAGUGAUAAGAAGAUCUGACUGGAAACAUUUUAAAAACCUGGUUUUUACAUGAAUAAAAUAUUCUACUCUCUGUCUCUA